AAUUGUGUUUUUUAUUGCCGUUGAUUGCACUUAUAAGUUGACUUAUGUGACAAUUAAACUCAAUAAGAUUGUCUUACUAAAUUUAGGGUUAUGUUUGUAAUCGUGAAAUUUUAUUCAGUGUGGUUCUUGGGAUAUUUUGUACUUGCACCGAUAUGUAAGUCCUCACUGCUUCUAGUGAUGUCACUAUUCAUUUCUUUCACUACAUGAUCGCGGUGGAAAUGAUGAACGAUGAAACCGUGAGAUGGCCACCAAUGAAAAUCUAAAAGUGAACUAUGUCACCGAAGAAUACGUGAUCGAUGUCCUGGUUCUGCUCUACACAGGAUAAUACAGGACAGAUAAAUAGUUUGUUUUGUAUUAUCUUGUUUAGAGCAGACCCAGAGCUGCCCCAGUGCAGCUAAAACGAACAAGCCCUAUGUCUAUGAGUCGGAUUGACCUCAAUUGUCUAGUCGGAUGAAAAAUUUCAUAAUGUGACUUAUCAUAUAGAUUUUACUUCUUUUAAUAACUUUAUGCAGUAUUGUAAGAUUGUAGGAAAAAAUGUACGCAUUAGUGAAAUACACUGAUGUAUAUUAUGUAUGUAAUUCGAAAUAUAUUACAAGGAAAAAAGGUGAGACAAAGGUUACUUAUAAGGACGGUUGUAGGUAUCCAGCAAGCGUUAUUGUAAAACAUGAUAAUAAAAUUUUAUUAGAAGAAGCCAAACGAAAUAUUGUAAUAGGCAAACCAUGUGUGUUAUUAAACAAACCACUUGAAAUAUUGAACAAUGAGAACAAUGAAUCUACAUCUCCAAUACGAAAUACACAUACAUCCAAUACGAGAGAAGAAUCUCUAACUUUUGAAGAUAUUGAAGUUCUAGACAGCGAUAUUUCUUUAUCUAACUUACUUGAUAGAUCUAUACCAUUAAAUUUAAAUUGUGGCAAGAGAUUAACUUUUGACAGCUUUGAAGGAACGGUAUCUGAAAAUGCCUGUAUCUCUAAGUGUGAUAAUGUGAGUCUCAAGUGCAAUGAAGCAAAUGUUGAUGCAAUUUCAUUACCACUUGAAAUGAUGGUACCAGAAAAUGUAUGCAUUUCUACUAACUGUGCUAAUGUGAACCAAAUGUGUAAUGAAGAAAAUAUUAAUGUAAUUUCAUUACCACUUGAAGAAAUGACGGUACAAGAAAAUGAAUGCAUUUUUACUAAUUGUGAUAAUGUGAGCCAAAUGUGUAAUGAAGAAUAUGUUGAUGCAAUUUCAUUACCACUUG